AAGAAAAUGGUGGCAUGGGACCAGCGCGUGCGCAGAAUCAAAUAAUUUACUACAGAAUUGCUUCAUAACAAGAGAGUGACGUAAACAACCAAGUAUCAGGCAGGAGGUUUUCUGUUUUUGUAUCGUGUAGGUGAGUUAGCCGAGUUUGGAUUUGCUUCUAUAAGACGGAAUCGUUUUUUCGACUACUUUUAAAGUCAUUGAACAAAUGUGAUUGCGUCUUGCCAGUUCAAAAGGGGGUGUUGCUGCAAACUGAGAGUCUUUUAUACAGUAUCCCUCUGACCUACUUAUGAUUUGGGUCAGGAAACUGGAGAGAUGAUGUUGACUUUCAUCCCUUAGUCUGAACACACUAAAGAUUGUGUUUGUAAAAGGAAGAUGUUUGGAUUCCAUAAGCCAAAGAUGUACCGGAGCAUAGAUGGUUGUUGUAUCUGCAGAGCCAAGUCCUCAAGCUCUCGCUUUACUGACAGUAAGCGCUAUGAAAAGGACUUCCACAAUUGCUUUGGGUUGCAUGAAAAUCGUUCUGGAGAAAUCUGUAACGCUUGUGUACUACUUGUGAAGAGGUGGAAGAAGCUACCCGUGGGAUCUAAAAAGAACUGGAAUCACGUUGUAGAUGCAAGAGGUGGACCAAGUUUUAAAACCACCGUAAAGACAAAGAAAAUGAAGUCUCUGACCAGAAGAAUACGGCCAAGCCAGAUCAGCAAACUCAAGAAGGGAUUAAAACGACAGAAUUCUGAUGCCCACAGUACCACAUCAAGUGCCUCCCCAGCGCAGUCCCCCAGCUACAGCAAUCACUCUGACGAGGGGUCCGACACAGAGCUGGGCACAGGCUCCGGCAGGGCGCCCGUCUUCUCCUUCCUUGACCUCACGUACUGGAAAAGACAGAAGGUGUGUUGCGGGAUAAUCUACAAGGGCCGCUUUGGCGAGGUCCUCAUUGAUCCCCAUCUCUUCAAACCCUGUUGCAGCAAUAAAAAGGAGGUAGUAGAAACCCAGGAUACGCAAGGCCUGCUGUCCCCAUCGAUCACAAAAGAGGAGGAUGAAGAGUGGUGACCCACCACACCCACAGUACCUGAAUCGGAAGGAAUUCUGAAAAAGCUUUGGGUGGCUUGAGCAGAUCAAACACUAUUCUUUAAAUACCCCCCCCCCCCCCCAAGACUUCCGUUAUCUAGCCGGAAGGACUGCAUUGGGACUCGGUGCUGACAUGUGGUUUGCAGACUGCCAACAAAUAUGACCCUCUUGAGUAUUUAACUAAUAUUAUUGUGCCAUUUGUUGGAUACACUACACUGACUUAAGUAAUUCAAAUACACUUCCUUUUACAAUAUGGGGGGGGGGGGGGGGCGACUAGAACAAGGGAAUAACUGCAGUGGUGCUGUACAGUUGGUUUUACAGGGAAGAACCACUGUUUCCUCCACUUUUGGAUUUGCAGACAACUUUAGAAAAAAAUUCUAUAUGUGCAUUAGCAGUCCACACAAACAAUGUUUUACAAGUUAACUUAAGUAACGUAUCUGCAGUGGCAGUGGCGGUCUGCAAAUGGCAAAUGACGCUGUAUUAUCCCAGUCCAGUGCACCCUACAGCUGUGGCCAAAAGUUUUGCAUCACCUAGUAUUUUGCAUGCCUUGGAGGAUUGGAACCUCCCCAGGUUUUUGUUUCAACCAGGAGCUAACAUUUGUUUUUAAACAUAAUGCCAAGUGAUUUGUUAGAACACUUUUCAAAUCAGCUAAACCCCCAAAAUGGUUUCUGUAUUCUGCGUCUGAAGCGUGAUUUUUAAUUGUUACUGUAUAUGUAGUACUGUACACUUGUGUAAUUUUGGAUUUGGAAGAUACUCUUUUGUUAAAUUAAUUUAUAAAGCAAAGGAUAUUUCUGUAUUUUAUUAAGACUCUGUAAAGCUUAAAAAGGAAAAAAAGGUGGGGGGGGGGGGGGGGGUGGUGAGGGGUCUCCUGGCCUGUAAGUUUACCAGUCAGGUUUCAGGUAAUCAAUAUAACCUGCAUUUUCCCACUCUUUAGUGUGUUGGAAACCAUUUGUCAGUUUUGAAUAACAUUUCUUGACCUGGUGGUGUCAGCAUUUCUAAUACCAUAGUAUCCUCAGGUGGUGGUAAAGAGUUUGGCAGGCUUUUGGCAACAAAACUAAAAAGGUCCAGGCCAGACCUGCAGUGGUUACAUUUAUUUGGCCGGGCAGCUUUAAUAUGUGAUUUUGUGUCUUGAUGGUAUUGACAGUGUAAAAACAUUUACUUUAAAUGUUGCAGUCAAAGAGAAUGCUCCAGUUUGCAUAGGUUUUUACAGCUGUUUUUAUCGUGAGAAAGCGAUUGACCCUGCCCUUAAAGUCGUGCUGACCAAAGGACGUUCUUUUGCUAUUUCACGAUGUAUUCGCAUGACAACGUCACAGAGUCAUGACUGUAGAGACGAUUUUCACAUGCAUGUAAACCCAGCCAUUGAGUAUUGUUUAAGCCUUAUCACAUACUGGAAUCUUUCCAGACUUCUAUAACCUAUUGAUAUUGUAUAUAUGUACCAGAAUCAUAACUUGUAUCCCUCCCCCAAUUCAUUUAGUAUGGAUUUGUCUAAAUAAUGGAUUUUUAAAAUAAGUGUGGUUGUGGUGUUUUAGUGUUCUAAUUAAAAAUUCCAGUAAUGGGUUUAACCCAUUACUACUAGAAACCCUUACCCUGGUGAAAUACAGACGUUUUCUAGUCGAUACUUGCAAAGAGCUGCAAGUAGUCCUCUUUUAUUCAAAAUAAUUAAAUAAAUAGGGUUUGGACACUUUAGCCAAUUCUUCAACACAUUUACCAGGAGUUGCUACAUAAAUCAUAUAAAUAUAUUGUUGUUUUGCGCAGUUGACUGUGACUCUGCUGAAGAUUGAUUUAAAAUGAUGUUCAUGGGUAGGUUGGUCAGUUGUCAUUAUUGAUGGGUGACCAGGUCAUGUCACAUGCCAUCAUUAAUGGUUAAAACAUGUUGGCAGCUAUUUCAUUAUUCACUUCUUCUUUUAAUAUUAUUUCCUGUCACUAUUAAAUGCAGCUUCCCCUUAACAUGAAGACUGUUCUAAUUUCAGAUAAACGCAUAUUUUAGAAAACAGCAAUUCCAACAGUAAUAAUGAAAUGUUUAUUUGGUUUCCUUUUUAUUGUAAUGUGAUUGCAAUCCAGUCCAUAUGCUAGUGCUGUGUGGCAUUCUGUACAUCAGUACUGGGCAUGCACUCUGAAAUGGUAUCGUUGGGUGCUGCUGCAGUAAACUGGAUUUCUGAACAUGUUGAAUUUAGGGAAAAUAUUGUAAUAAAUGACCUCCUUUAUUGCUGUUAUUUAUUAUUUUGUAUUUAUUUGUAGUUAAACUUCAACCACUGACUGUUUGUUGUACCUUUUUAUAGUGCGCUUUCAUUUGUGCUUUCAUGGACGUUGUGUUGGGAGAUAUAUCAUUUGUAAUCCUGUAUGAAAUGAAUACAUUAAGCUAACGCUGUUAAAAGCUGAACAUUGUAUUUAUUUAGCAUUUGUCCACCAGUUUGGGUACCUGUAUAAUACCAAAACAAUAAUUUGAUCAGGACUCCCAGUAACCCAACUUCCGGCAUGAAUUCUUGACUUCUGGUCAGCAGUAAAAAAAAAAAAAAAAAAAUGUAAGUGUCUUUUAGUUGCAGUAUGAGCAUGUAUGUAGCUAUGCACAUUGUAUUCAUGUAUUUAGAUAUCUAUCGAGACAGUUUUGUAUUUUUAUACAUAUUGUACUUUUCUACUUGUUCUAUAAUAAAGUAGACUGCUUUGUAAAUUGUUUCAAUGUAUAGUCC